CCAAGGGCUGUCCCUGCCAAAGGUUUGGGCUGAGAUGCCGGUCCUUGUGCUGGCUGCGGACAUCCUGGGAGACUUGCUUUUGGGUGCCACCGGUCAAACUGAGCUGUGGUGUAAGCAGAUCUUCAGAUGUCCGGGAGUUUCUGAGGUUCAAGAUCUCUGUGCCCCAACCUGCCAAGGUGGCCUCUGUCCUUCCUAUGAACUGAGGCACAGCCCCUGUCAAGAGGUCCACCGUGCCCACAUUAGCACCCAGCUGGAGCAUACAACGAGGGGGACUGAGUCAUCACAGAAAAAACAAGAAUAACCAAGAAGGGAGGAGUCUUUAUCUGGUUAUGAAGCUUGGACCAGAGACCCUGCGUUUGACACCAUGGACCCAUCAGACCACGAGGACACCCCAGUAGCGAGCAGAAACUUCAUCGAGGAAAUCACGGAGUAUCUGCAGCACACAUCGGGCAGGGCAGACCUGAGGCUGCUGCUGACUGAAGACGGAGCCUGGGAGGCCUUCGUGGCUGAGGCUAAGCUGUCCAGAGCUGAUGCAGGUAAAUUACGAGACGCCCUCAAUUUGCUCACAGAAAACAUGGCUGAGGAAGACCAGGAUAGGCUCCAACAUGACCCGCGGGACGUGGAGAGGUUUAUGGAUGCAUUUCCUCAGGUGAAAAUGGAGCUGGAGGCCCACAUCAGGAAGCUCCGUGCCCUUGCAGACAAGGUUGACAAGAUUCACAAAGACUGUACCAUCUCCAAGGUGGUAGCCGGCUCCACCAGUGCUGUAUCUGGGGUCCUGACCCUCCUUGGCCUCACCCUGGUACCCAUGACAGCUGGGGUCAGCCUGGUACUCUUGGCAACAGGGAUGGGCCUGGGAGCAGCAGCAGCUGUGACUAGUGUCUCUACUGGCAUUGUGGACUCCGUGAGUGAGUCAUCAGCCAAAACGGAAGCCAGCCACCUAGUGUCAACCAGCAUGGCCAAAGUGAAGAUGGUUGCAGAGGCCGUGGCUCACUCAGGAUCCCAAAUCUAUUCCUUGUCUGAGAACUGCUACCAAGUCGUGCAAUGCAUUAAGCAGAACAUCCAUGCCAUCAAGCUGACCAAAGACAACCCUGCCUUAGCAGCCAGUGCCAAGGCCCUCAUGACCAUGGGGAGCAUCUCUGCCCGAAGCAGCAAGCAUGUGAAGAAAGCCUUUCGGGGCACCGCCCUGGCAAUGAGCAGAAGAGCCUGGAUCAAGGGUAUAGCCAUCGCAGGUGUGUCCCUCAUUUCAGAUGUGAUCAACCUUGUGAACGAGUCCAAGCAUCUGCACAAGAAGGCCAAAGCAAAGUCUGCAGAGGAGCUGAGGCAGCAGGCUCAGGAGCUGGAGGAGAAGUUGCAGGUGCUCAUCCAGAUCCACGACAGUUUGCAGUCAGGCUCAGCUCAGUAACACCCUUCCUCUCCUGGAGUAGUGUAGAAGUCCGGGGAGGUGUUUGGAUAGAGACAGAGGCAUUUUGCGAAAGGGAGUUAAGUCCAUGGUGUUCAGGACUUAGGCAUUUCUUCUUUCCAAAAACUUUGUUGUGGUUUUAUUUAUAUGUGUAUGUGUGUAUCUGAGCAUCUGGGUGUAGGUGCCUUCAGAGGCCAGAAGAGGGCAUCAGAUCUCCUGGAGCUGGAGUUACAGGAGGUUGUCAGCUGCCUCGUCAGGACAGACAGUGCUUUUAACUGCUGAGCCACCUUUCCAGCCAGGGCUUGGCCUUUCUGUGGCCAACCACUGUAGGAUCAAUGCAGGUAGCUACUAGAGCAAAGAGAAAACAAUGAGAGGCUUAAACAAGGGGCCAGAGGGGACUAGAGAGUGUGGGGGAUGGGGAAAGUCAGAGGGAGAGUUCUGCAUGUAGAGGAGCCGCAGAGACUUCCUAGGAUGACAGGGGUGGUGGAAACAGGGGUGGUGGUGACAACCGAGCGGGCACAACAGUCGUCAAGGGACCAGGGUACCCUAGAGAACCAGUGAAAUUCCAGUGACACUCAGGAGACAGUGCUGGGAACAGUGGUCGGUUUAGGGCUGGGGAGUGGCACCGAGGGGAGUGAAAACUCAAGAAACUUUGUGGUGUGUUGAGGGCAGUCAGCCUGUGGUUAAGAGAUACCCCUUCUCAGAGCCACAGCUGGGUGCGGGUUGGGCUGGGGAGUGAUGGACAAGCCCACCUCUCUGCUCAUCUUUCUCUUCCAUAGACUUUAGUUCAAUGGAUAUUAACCAGCUAUUCUAGGGAAAUGGGGCCUCCCAGCCUGGAGAUCCCAAAACCACAGGUAAGGAAAACAAAACCUUGGAACAUGGCUCAGGGACUGUGAUUAGGGAGCACUCACCCUCAUCCUAACCUCUGAACUGCUGCAUCCACAGCUCCUUCUAGGGGACAAUGGCCUCGUUCAGGUGUGGAGCACAGCCUUUUGGGAGAUACAGAGGUCCUUGCGCUCACAGAUAAGCAUGGGGGUGGGGGUGGGGGGACCAGGAAUGUUAAGCAUCAGGGUUGUUCCUUCAACGACAAGGAAGGGGGAAACAUAACCUGUUAUCUGCCCAUGAGGUUGGAAGCAGGCAAUCAUAACAGUUUGGUGACUUCCUGUGCUUUCUUUGUGCCCAAGACCUACCAGAUCCUCCACCACCCCCAGACCCUUACUAUGAAUUUGUCCAUCUAUCGAACCCAUCUUUAUGAAAGAUGUCACGUUACAGAAAGAGUCUGAUGCAGUCAUGUCUUAAGCUUUACUGAGUUAUUACCACGAAGAAAGUGUUCACCAACUUGCGCUGUGUGUAACUAUGCUUAAAAUAAACUGCUUCUGGGUCAGACUCCUAAAGAUUGAACCAA